AUGUGGCCGAUAAAGUGGAAUUCGGGUGCCACAGGUACUAAAAGAAAAGAAAAAGACGGUCAGAAAGACAAUGAUGGGGAUAAAGGAAGUAAGAGGGAAAGAAAAUUCCACAAGAAAUGGCUAGAUGAUUGGAAAUGGCUGGUCUAUGAUGGAUAUAUGAUGUUUUGUAAAGUUUGCAUCUCUUACGAAGAAUCGGGGAAAGGUCGGUCAAAAUAUCCAAUAAAUUUUGUGAAAGGUUCAAAUAACUUUAGAACUAGCGCUUUAUUAGAUCAUGAGAAGUCGACUUUUCACAAAGAUGCAACAGAUUUUGAGACCACGAAAACGAAUCCAAAGGAGGCACCAGCUAGAAGAUCCUUGUUAGCUCUCCAAGAGCACAAGCGGAAAACUUUGGAACUUUACUUUAGAAACAUCCAUGGUAUUGUUAAAAGUAAGAGACCGAUUAGUGAUUUUCUGUGGCUUAACAAGUUGGACAUUGCUAGGGGUAUCCUUGACAGUGGCGAGACGUACAAUAACUGUAAAGCAGCUACUUGUUUUAUGGAGAACAGUGCAGAAGUCGAACGAGAGGGUAUUUUAGAGUCAGUUAAAAAUGCAAAGUUUUUCAGCCUCACAAUGGAUGGAUCUACGGAUGAAGCUUCAAUAGAGCAGGAGACACUUUUUGUGAGAUACUGUGUUCAAGGUGACGUUUGUACAAAAUUUCUUACAAUUGGAGAGCCAGCCUCAACUUCUUCUGCUGAUUUGUACACUUUUGUUACCACUAAUCUGAAGAAGCGUGAAUUGAAUAAGGGCAUCUCAUUGAUUGGUUUUGGAUGUGAUGGUGCAGCAAAUAUGAUGUGCAAAAAAGGAGGCCUGGUGACACUGCUGCAAAAGGAUUUUCCAGAACUGUUGGCCUGUCAUUGUUUGGCUCAUAGACUAGAACUUUCUUUUCGUGACAUGGUCAAGGGAGAUAAAAAGUAUGAGCGUCUGUCUACCCUACUCCUUGGUAUAUUCUACUUUUACAAAAGGAGCCCAAAGCAACACAGUAAUCUCAGACACACCUUUGAGGUGAUGAAUGUAAAGGGCACACUUCCCCACAGAGUAUCAGGCAGUCGCUGGAUGCCACACAUGCAAAGAGCAUUAAAGUCGCUCUUUUCAAGUUUUCCUGGAUAUGUCUCUCAUAUGCAGAAUGAGUCGCAUACCAAUCCCAAAGCAGAGGGUCUGGUGAAAAUCAUGUGCAACUUCCAAGUUAUUGUUUAUGCCACAGUGUUACUGGAUGUCUUGAAUCCACUGGUCAGACUAUCCCUCUUUCUACAGUCCAAGGAUGUGACACUAGCUGAUGUCCAUUUGAUGGUACAAUCCACUCUCAGCCAUUUAAAAUCUCUGGAUCAGAAGAAGAGUGAUACUCUUUUAAACUUGGAAGAAACCAAGGAAGUUGCAGGCAUGCCAUUAACAUCUGCAGGGCCCUUUGACAGUGAUUCUUUAAUUAAGAAAAUGGUUACUGGCAUGACAAAGGCAAUAAGUAUUAGAUUUGCAGAUCUUGGAGAUGAAGUGAAAUUUACAAAAAUUGCCAACUUUAGAAACUGGCCGAUGGAGGAAUUGAAAGGUAAUAAUGAUUAA